GCUAGUUUGUUCCAGUCACACUGAUGUGGUCUGGUAGUAGGUGAGUUUCAUUCGAGCUGUGCCACAGCAGAAGUCAGACAUCCGUUAAACGUACUUUUAUAGAAGAGCGUAAUAUUUUCAACAAUGUGUGGCGUUAGUGGAAGUUCCUAUACCUUUCGGAAACGAUAUCAGAUUUUAGCAUUUCUAUAACGGUACCUCAGUACCUGUAAAUAUCGUGAUUAUAGAUUCAUUCAAGGAUUCCCCGUGUUAAAUUAUUGUACGGUAUUGAAGUUAACAGCUAAUUGAAACUAUUUUUUGAUUCUCAAGAUGAACUGGACACGUGUUCUAUCAAUAUCGUGUCUUUUGUUGGCAUCCGGUUUUAAAAUUCGAACAGUGGAUGGAAAAAAUUCAGGUUGUGGGUUGAGGCCGCUGUCUCGCACCGGUCGUAUCGUGAACGGCGAGGAGGCGGCGCUGGGAGCUUGGCCAUGGCAGGUGCUCGUGAGAGGGACGACGUUGUUCGGACUCUUCACUAAACAGACCUGCGGAGGAGUGCUGCUAAACGAGCGCUAUGUCAUCACAGCAGCUCACUGUCAGCCGCG